AGUGGAUUUUAAUCGAUGAGGUGUUAAUUCAAAAAGUAAUGACAAAUGAACAGGAAAGAAUUAAAAUAAACAACUGUAAAUAGCUGAAUCCUCGAAAGCUUUAUUAGAAGGAAGGCAGUAGCCAAGUGAAGCAGCUGGAAUCACACUGAAGUCACUCUGAACUCUACAGAUCACUUCAUUCUUCCUUCUGCUACAGAACACACAUCUCUGAAUUACAGUGUGCUUUCUUCUGAAGAAUAAAGAAGAAAGCAGCUGUGCAACAUGACAUUUGAAGAUUUUGAGAACUACUCUUAUUUUUAUGACCUGCCUGAGGAAGAAGAAUCACCCCAGUCCACCCUCAGCAUUGCCCAUAUGAUUUCCCUUUCCUUUUACAGUGUGGCAUUUCUUUUGGGAGUCCCAGGUAAUGCCAUUGUCAUCUGGUUUAUGGGCUUCAAGUGGGAUAAAUCGGUCUCCACACUCUGGUUCCUCAAUCUGGCCAUUGCAGAUUUCAUUUUUGUUCUCUUUUUGCCCCUUUAUAUCACGUACGUAGCAAUGGGCUUCCACUGGCCUUUUGGGAAGUGGCUGUGUAAAAUGAACUCAUUCAUUGCACUACUUAAUAUGUUUGCCAGUGUUUUCUUCCUGACAUUCAUCAGCCUUGACCGCUACAUCCGCCUAGUCCACCCAGUUUUUUCCUACAAGUAUCGGACUAUAAGGAACACCCUCAUUCUCAGUGGGAUCAUUUGGAUAUCGGCUGCAGUUAUUGGUGGCCCUGCCUUAUACUUUAGAGACACAGCUACAGUUCUCAACAAUGUCACUAUUUGCUACAACAACUUCCACGUGCAUGAUAGAGAACUCGUUAUGCUGAGACAUCACAUUCUAAUUUGGGUGAGGCUUGUAUUUGGUUACCUCUUUCCUCUAGUGACCAUGGUCAUUUGCUACUCGUUGCUGAUUGUUAAAGUGAAGAAGAGAACUGUCUUGACUUCGAGCAGGCUUUUCUGGACCAUUAUUGCUGUAGUUGUAGCUUUCUUUCUUUGCUGGACACCAUAUCACAUAUUCAGCAUUGUGGAGCUUUCUGCUCACCAUGAUGAAAACUUGCACGACUUAUUGCAGGAUGGCAUUCCCCUCUCCACUGGUCUUGCUUUCAUCAAUAGUUGCCUCAAUCCAAUCCUCUAUGUUCUCAUCAGCAAGAAGUUCCAGGCCCAGGUCAAGACAACAGUCUCUGAGGUGCUAAAAUUGGCACUGUGGGAGGUGAGCCGCUCAGGAACUGUCAGCGAGCAGCUGUGGAGCUCAGACAACACCCAUGCACCUGUGCACUAUUGCGAAACUGCUCAGUGACAGCUUGUCACCAUCCUUCUCUGAAAUAGCUGACAGAUUUGGAGGUGUAGUUGACUUCACAUCUGCCAGUCAGAUGUGCAUCUUUGCAAAAAUGGUUUUAUAUAAACAGCUGGCUUAACUGUGCUUGCUGCUUUCCUUUAAACGUUUUUAAAGGACACAUCAUUUGGGUGUGGUGUGGUUGCAAUGCGGACACCCUGAACUGAAAGUUGUCAGCGUAAGUGGAAUUGCUUGAACUGGGUUUUUGAUCAGGAAUAUUGUUAUAGUCCUGUUGUGUUGUGGUUCUAUAGCUUAUUGAUAUUAAAAUAACACACAAAAAUAUUCCCCUGAUCCUCACUGAUAACACUUUUGAUCUAGGCAUCCUCCUCCAAGAGGUCAUGGCCAUACAUCAGUGGCUUGUGUCUCGAUUAUCAAGUGUUGUUUAAAGUACGAACCACCUGGCUACAUCCCAGCCUAGUGAAGUUGUCAGUAGCUCCGCUCUGCAAUCAGAGCAGUGUCCCAGGACAGAGAAGACUAACUUGCUGCCUUCUGUUGUCAAGGGAAACAUAGAAAUAAAAUGUUUUCUCCCAUUGUUCUUUGUCUUAUACUCAAAGCUAUACCAGGAGGCUGUGGUUUCUGGUCCCUUAUUCUUGUGCUCUUAAUACUGGUUGGGUACAAAAUACUGAGUAACUGUUUCAUGUAGGAUUUUGGCUCACUUGAAAUGUGCAGUUAGUAGAAAUGGUUCCCAAAGAAUUUGAGAUGUCCCUAUCAAAUGUUCUUUUUCUAAACUUUCAGGUUUAGAGAGGUUUACAAUUAUUAGUUGCUCUCUGCUGGUCUUGCAAACAAAAUUUAAGAAGUUGUAUAACAUUUUGUCUUAAUGGUAAUUUUCUAAAAAAAAAAAAAAAAUCAGUGAAUUGAAUUCAGUGAUGUUAAGUGAAUGCAACAAUAUUAUUUGACAAGUCUGUAAUCUGUCUGCUCCCGUAAGAAAGAGGCAGCAGUCCGAGUUGUAUUAUAUCCUAUUCCAACCUGUUGCCUGCUGUAGAAUCACACAUGCACCAAUGAAAAUAUACAUGCUGAGUGAACCAAUUUCUGAGGCAAUACCACUUAACUAAGAAGCUGUACAUAGGAUAAAACUCUGCUAAAAGUAAAAGCAUAAAGCUUUUGGUAAAUGCAAACUAGUUUUUCCUUGUUACUGACCUAAGUAUCUAGAGUAAAACUGCCUUUCAGAUAAUCUACAUGCCAACACACAUAAGUAGCAUUCAUACUUUAAAUGAGGUCUUAUAUGUGAAUAUAUUUUAUACAAAAGCAUAUAUAUGUGCAUGGAUGAGCACAUCCAGAAUUGGUAGCUGUACAAAUAGAAACUGUCUGAUUGUGGUCUGUAACUGUUUCUUUGGGCUCUGGUCUGAAUUUGGGAGAAUGAGGCAGGAUCAGUGGAAUUUCAAUGUGUUUAACUUUGGGCUGGAAAGUUGGUAAGCAGCAUUCUUCCCUGUGAGUCAUUCACUGCCUGGUACAUAGCGACUCAUCAUCAUGUUUUGGUACCAUGCAGCUGAAUGUGCCUACAUCAACCGCUUGGAGUUUUUCUUCACAUAUUCCCUGACAUCUUUCUAAGAAUGAUGUGUUAGUACUCCUUUCCUGACUGUACUCCAAGUGGAGUAAUAAAAUUGUUGUUUCCAAA